AUGUCUACUCACACCAGCGUUCUUCUUCUCAUCACUCUUUGGGCUUCCAUAGAGGAUGGUUUAAGUCUUCCGGUGAUGAAACAGCCAGAAGUGGCGGCUGGUGACUGGGUCCCAGCACAGAGAGUGAGGACCAAGCGCUGCGCAUGCAGCAACCUGUUGGACUCUGAAUGCCACUACUUCUGCCACAUAGAUAUCAUCUGGAUCAACACACCCAGUAAGACAAUAGUUUAUGGGCUAGGCAGCGCUUUGUCCCGACGCAGAAGGUCCACUGGCCGCUGCAGCUGUGCCAACCGUGACGAUCAAACCUGUACCAACUUCUGCCAUUACAGUCCUGAAUUCAUGUCAUCAAAGAGAUCUGCAAAGAGACAUCAACUCAGCUUGCUCGGCACCCUAAGAGCUGCAGCCAGCAGUUCCAAGAGAGCUCAGGAUUCAGCUGAUUCAGACAGAGAUGAAUCCUCUCAGAGGAAGAGCACUCGCUGA